CGCCGUUUCUCGAUGCACUUGCGCGAAUAUUUCUUCGUGAAUUCGAGUAAGAUAUUCAAAUCACGCGUUAGUCAUUCCCUCGAUAAGAGAAACAAAACACGCAUCCCUGGCUCUCGUGAGUUAUAUUCGUCGAGGAAGCCGUUGACUCGUUCAUCGGUUCAUGCGAUGAAAGUGGACUACGCUAGCUGACACUUUGUUUUGUAACAAAUGUCAAGUCUCUGUAGCCGUGUGUGCGUCGUGGGAGAAGACAUCGUGGUAUCGUCCAACGUACCUCACGGAUCUGCCGUUGAUCCGUUGGAUGAUCAUUUUGAUGCGGAGAAGAUCGCGAUGGACGGAUGUGAAGAUGCGCAACCCGCGUGUGACACGCGUUCUAACCUCCCGAAAGAAGCGAUAUUUCACGCCGUAUAUGUACCGCCGGACAACAACAAGGAUUCGGCGAAUGUAGAAGAAUACAUUCAUAUUUAUCAAGAUAUGCCAGAUGCCCUGAGAAUCAUAAAGGAACACAAGAAAGCGCGUCUGAAAACGUUUAAAAAUCGUUCAGAUGCAGAGGCAUAUGCGAGAACUGGACAUGUACAAUCUGGUGGCGGUAGUUAUCCUGUACCGACAACUACUGUUACUCUAGUGCAGGAAAUAUGUAGUAAUUUCAAGGCGCCAAAACCUCAGGAACUUGUGGGUUUUAGAAAAUUAAUCGAAAGUGGAAACAUAGAGAAUGUGAGGAGUAUCGUAUGGGCAAAUCCACGAUAUCUAAUUAGCAGCGGGGAUACGCCUGCGAUUUUACAGAUGGGAUCCCGAUACAAUGCGCUACAUAUAGCAGUGAAAGCUAACAGACCGGACAUGUGUGAGCUGAUAUUAAAAACCGUUGGGAAUCCCACGUUUAUUCAGUUGCAUUACGGAGACGACGAAUGCAAAAGUUAUCUAGAUCCUGCGCAAAUCAUGUUGGAUUUAUACUUGAACACUCCCGACAGAGGACUCAAUGAGACGCCCUUGCAUUUCGCCGUCAAGUUCGGUCAUAAGGAUAUUGUGCGGAUUCUCGUGUCGUAUUCUCAAUGCGUGAAAACUUUGCGGAACAAGUACGAACAGCAGCCCAUAGAUAUAAUAUGUAGCAGAAAGUGCCAAGAAGACGAAGAUCUGAAGCGAGAGAUACGCUUAUUGCUGGAGGAUCAGUUCUAUGUACCUGUAUUAAGGACGGAAGACAACACGUAUCAACCUACCAUCGGAGAACCGUUUUCUCCGUCUAGUACAUUUAUUAGUAGUUUGAAUAAAGAUCCGAUUAGUCCGCGUCUAGAAGUACGGGCGUUCGCUGGUCCAAUGAGUAAGCCGCAGGCGCUGGAAUUUCGAAGAAAAUGGAAAACGCCACCACGUACCAUCUCCACGUCCGCGAAAAAGGGACAGGGAGACGCGCCCAGUAUCAUAAACAGUCCAAUCGCUAAUAUCGCUCUGAGAUUACAAGACACGGAAAAAGGAUUGGAACGUGUCGGGAGGGAUCUCGCAGAAGUUUAUCAAGUGCCUUGGAAGGAAUACUGGCCCUUCUUGAAAGAUUUCGUCGACUUUCGGAACGACGAAGGAUUGACAAAGCUCGAAAAAUAUUUGGAACAGAGAUUCAAAGAUUACAAGGACCAGUUGUUUUACUCAAGAAUGGUAGAUUUGGUUAAUAACACGAAUACAAAUGCGCCGGCCAAUUGCGAACGAAUAACAGAAAAAAUGGAUUCGUUGGACGUUAGUGAAAUAGAAGGUUUGUGUGAAAAGUUACGUUCAUGUUCAUUAAGCACCAAGUUUGAUGAAGUCGAAGAAGAGGAAGACGACGACUCAGGUGAUUCCGAAUUUUUUACUCCGCCAUCCACGCCAGAAUUGUUUCAGUACGAUUCGGAUGACGAUGACAUGGAGAAUGCCGAAGAAGAAGGUCCUGUAAUAUUUAUCGAGGGAUCUUCGCCAACGAAACUAGAUCACGCUGUUUAUAACGCGUUGUCAUCUGAGAUCAGCUCUCGCACGUUUCCUUACGUUUAUCGUUGGCGACACGAAAUGCAACUUGCUAUAAAACGUGAUCCAUGCAGGUACAUCUUCAGACCUCGCUUUUGUACAUUUGAUCCUCAUUUGAUACACACUAGGUUUAAUAAUGCGAGAUUGCCCAGGAGAAAGUUGUUCACUAGUACUUAAGUUUACUAAACAACAAGAGACGGGAUGGCAUCGACGAGCUGGAUUAAUAAACGUUGGAUCAGCAAUUGGGUAUCUUCUAGAUUAUCCGGCCAAAUCUGCGUAACGGUGGAAGAAAGAGCGAAUUCAAUCUACAAUGCUGCGGCAGUGUGCAGAUGUAAAAUAAAGGCUGUUGUAUACACUAUUAUCCCGAGCGCGCAAACGUGUAAGCGCUUUGUCCGACAUGCAUUGCGCCAAAUGAUGUCCGAUAAUGAACCCUGUUUAAUAUUUGCCAACUUCUGCCGAGCAAAGCGACCAUUUGCACGCUGAUCCGUUCUCUGAUUCGCGCGCUCGUUUUUACGUAAACUCGUGCGUACAACGGCCUUUAUUUACUUGACACGCGCACCGGCUCGUCUAAUUGAACCUACUAUUAAUUGGUUCUCGACUUAACAAUCGAUGAACGUUGAUGCAACUGACUCCAAGUUGCGAGCUGUGACAGCAUAUGAAUCUUCAGAAUAUAGCACGCGCAGUUAAUUACUAACGAUGCGAGAAGACAUUGCAUAGAUUUUAAGAAAGAGACAAGAUAUAUAUAUAUUUUUUUUUAGACAAGUUUACACACAAAAGAAACGCGUAAGACUAGGAACUUCCGUGGUAAAACUUUGGAAAAACGUAUUAGCGUAUACUCCUUUUUAUUGUUCACUGUUCGAAGUUACAAUAAAUAUUCUUUACUGAAAAAAAAGUAC